AUGUCGGGUCUAUUACAGGAAGUUGGAACUCCUUGCCCGGUAAAGUCACGGAAUUCGAGAAACAGUGAUACAAGUCAUACAUUUGAUAGCUUGUGGGAAGGGAGCUUGGGAUGUGGCGAUGACACUGCCAGCCUCGACUUCACCUCUGCGAUCAAAAACAAUACCUUAAUUGGAGUCAAGCCCAGACGAAGGACGAAGACAGGAACAUCGUUUGCAAUCCACGAUGAGAACGAAGAGAGAUCUACACACGCAGCCCCAAAGCGAAAAAGAGAGAGCACAAUCACAGCUACAGUUUCAGGCCGCAAAUCCUCAUUGCUCGCCCAACCAGCCCAUAGAUUCCGCCCGAAAGUCAGCUUCGCGUCGAGUCCGUCAUCCAAACCACAGCGCCAGGAAGCAGAAGUCAAGCACCAAAGACAGAACAUAGAUGCCGACGCAGAGACAAACAGGUCGCUCCUAAUGCGGAUCAAUGGCGGAGAAGACGAAGAUCAACAUGAAGAUAGACUAAAGCGAGAUGUGCGCCGCAAUACGGUCUUCAUUCCCCCAGACGAUACCACGGUUGCCAGCGUGUUUAUGAGUAUCUUCAGUCCGCUCAAGUCGGACAGCCUCAGUCAUUAUGUUCCAGAGGAUACGGAGAUUAACAGCUUGGAGUCACAAAUUGCGCGAAAACGGCAAGCGAAGAGAACAAUGGCCUCGUCUCGAAAGGCUCCGCUACAACCAAGUGUUGAAGUCGCUCAAGGAAGCGCCAUAAACAUCGAUAUCGCUGGCAAGAAUACUGGGAAGGAGAAUAUACCUCCAGGGGCAAUGCUCUUCAAUUCCAAGGACAAAGGUCUCUGGGAUUCGAAUACAAAAGACAAAUUCAACUCAAAAUCGACCAGAGCCCUAUCAGACAAAGCUCGUCCUUUUGCAGGCCCUAUGACGAAGCCACUGGCGAAUGUGUCCACCAGUCAAGAGCCAAGAAGAUCCGUGCUCGGUGAGAAACGGCAUAAUGCUAGGGCAUCCGUAAACAGCAUCGGCAGCAAAAUGGACGGUAUCGUCAGAAGCAGGUCGAGACUUGAAGGCGCCGUUCUGUCCGCUUCCAGGAGCACAACCCUUCCCAAUGCGCUCAAACAGUCCAAGGCAUACAAAAGUAACGCCCCGCUAAUGAAGAAAGAGACAACGGUGAAGGACUUUGCACUCAUAUCCGACGACAUCGCCAACCCAGCGAUGUAUGAAGACGAUUGGCUUACGCAUCAAGAGAUAGUGAUCACUCAGUUAGUCAACCGGUUAUUCGAUCAAAUGGACGGUCACAUGAAAUAUGAUGACCCCGCAGCGCUCAGACAUGAGCUUCUUCAACUGUAUCAAAGCGGACCUUUUGUCGAACUCCAUAAGCGACUUCAAGCGUCAUUGUCGUAUGGCUCUCUCAGUAUGCCAAGAGAUGCUCUCACACAAACCAGGCGUCUGAGACAUGACUUGGGUAUGAAGCGAAAGUUUUUGGAUAUUUGGUUGGAAACGUACGACCUUCGAGCACUAAGAGCAGCUACCGAGACGGUUACUGGAAGAAGAGUUGUCAAUGAGUCCCUCGAUGGAGAACUCCAUCAUUCCUUGGUAGAAACGACCGCAGACAAGGAAAGAAUACUCAGACGGAAACUGGAACGAUUCUUGGAUGUCUUCUUGGUGCAAAAUAAGGAUAUGGAUCGUGAUGCGCAGGAUCCUAGCCACGGAGGCUCAGAUAUGGUGUCCCAAGCAUAUCGCCGCACGGUCCUUCGGAGUAUCAUGAUAGUUAUCCUUUUGGACAAGGCGAGAUUGUGUUCAGGAACAAUGCUUCCAUGUCGCCUUUUUAGGUCCUCCUCAUCUUUCAAGUCCUCCGCUGCGGUUAUGCAAGCACUGGCCCGUCUUCUACUGCCCACAUCGGGUGACAUUUUGAAAUCACUCAACCAUUUGGACUGUCACCUGUCAUAUGAACAGCACCGACUGCAGGAGUACGAGUAUCAAAUGAGUAAUCUUGCGGUUGACCUCAGGGAUGGUGUGAGACUGACUAGGAUCGUGGAAUUACUCCUUUACCCAUCAGCAGCGGCCGUGGGGGAAUCGGUAUUGCUGCUGGAAAAUGAUCAAUGGCCGCUAUCGAGACGUUUAAAAUUCCCCUGCUCGAGCCGCACAGUGAAGAAGUUCAAUGUGCAGAUUGCUUUGGAUGCCUUAAAGUUGACAUCGGGUGCUGCUCCGCUUGUUCGUGAUGUGCAUGCCGAAGACAUAGUGAAUGGGCACCGCGAGAAGACAAUUGCCUUGCUAUGGGGGCUGGUCAGUAGAUGGGGUCUUUCGGAGCUCAUCGACUGGGAUGAUGUGCGGAAUGAGAUUGACAGACUGAGACAGAAAGCUACAUCUCAGCUCGGAUACGAACCGGUCAACAAUGCAAAUUCGUUCAAGAAGAGUCCUAAUGAAGAAAUGGAAGACGACGACGAAGCUAUUCUAUUGCUCAAGGAAUGGGCAACUAUCUUGGCGCAUCUGAGUGGCCUCCGUUUGGAGAAUCUCAGCACAAGCUUUGCAGAUGGAAAGAUCUACGAGGGUAUAGUGAACGAAUACGAAGAAUAUAUCCUGGGCAAUGCCGCAUCAACUCCUGGCCGGAAGGCAUCUUCAUUGGCAGCCCGUCUCCGAGCACUCGGCUGCAGUUCUCAGUUCGCGAACCUCGUUUCUCCCAGCAAUUCCCGCAAGGCACACAUGUUCAACAGCAGUUUCACAGUUGGAGCGCUCGCCUUCCUCUGCUCCCGUCUACUUUCGUCAACCAAACAAGCUCGAGCUGCUAUAGUGCUCCAACGUGCAUGGCGACGCGUCCUCGCUCACCGAGAAGCUCACCGAAGAACUGUAGCGAGGAGCCUGGCGAUGCAAUGCGCAGCGGUAGUGCAGACAAGGGAUCGGCUGCUUUGGGCCAAGGCGAUUAUCCUGCGAUGGUGGAGGAGAAUGAAAGGGCAAAGGCAGCGACGUAACAAGAUGGGCAGUCGAUUAGAGAAGCGUCUCCAGGCAGCGACACGGGUCCCUCAGCGUGGCCAUGGGAGGACGCGUGUCUAG